GAUGUCGCUCCCGUGUUCAAAAAAACAAAAAACCAAACUGAAGAGAGAGGAGAGAGAGUAGAAUUGUGAGGGCUAAAAAACAAAAAUCUGUAUUUGAAAGAUGAGCCUGAGGGAGUGAAGUGUUGUUUUUUAAGUUUUUACUUGGAGAGAGAUAUCUCUGUGUGGGAGAGAGAAAAAAGAGAGAUAGAGAUUGAGAGAGAGAGAUAGAGCAUUUUGGGUUUUAGUGGGUGUCUUAGUUUGUGCUAGUAGUGUGUGUUUUGAGUGGUGGAGCUGAGCUUUAAGCUCAAGAACAUCUCAUAAGCAAAAAGCAACAAGCUUUGAACCAAGUUUAUUUCAAGAUUUGAAGGUGGGUGGGAAAGGGCUUAAUUAGUUAAGCAUUUCAAUGGCACCUCUUCACUUCAUUUCUUCAAAAACACCCUCUUUCACACUCUCCUUGUUUUUCUUGUUCUUCUUCUUCACUUUGUGUUGGAGUAGCCGUGUGCCCAGAGGGACUGGGCUUUCUAGGCAGAAGCUUGAGGUUCAGAAGCACUUAAAUCGACUCAACAAGCCCCCCAUCAAAUCCAUUCAGAGCCCAGAUGGGGAUACCAUUGACUGUAUUCCAAUCUCACAUCAGCCUGCUUUUGAUCACCCUUUCCUUAAAGAUCACAAAAUCCAGAUGAGGCCUAGCUAUCACCCAGAAGGGUUGUUUGAUGAGAGCAAGAUGUCAACAGAAUCUAGCGAAAAGGCGAAGCCCAUGUCUCAGCUUUGGCACAUGAAUGGUAGAUGCCCAGCAGAUACUAUACCUGUGAGAAGAACAAAGAAAGAUGACAUUUUGAGAGCAAGCUCAGUUAAAAGAUAUGGUAAAAAGAAGCAUAGAAGCAUUCCUAAGCCCAGGUCUGCAGAUCCUGACCUUGUUAACGAAAGCGGUCAUCAGCAUGCCAUAGCUUAUGUUGAAGGGGACAAGUAUUAUGGUGCAAGAGCAACUAUAAAUGUUUGGGAGCCAAAAAUACAGCAGGCUAAUGAGUUUAGUUUGUCACAAAUUUGGGUUCUUGGUGGUUCUUUUGGUGAAGAUCUUAAUAGCAUUGAAGCUGGUUGGCAGGUCAGCCCAGAUCUUUAUGGUGAUAAUAACACAAGGCUUUUCACUUAUUGGACUAGCGAUGCAUAUCAAGCAACAGGGUGCUACAACUUACUCUGCUCAGGCUUCAUACAAAUCAACAGCGAAAUAGCAAUGGGUGCAAGCAUCUCCCCGGUGUCUGCUGUUCGAAAUUCUCAAUAUGAUAUCAGUAUUCUUGUUUGGAAGGAUCCAAAAGAAGGAAAUUGGUGGAUGCAGUUCGGCAAUGGAUAUGUACUAGGAUACUGGCCUUCUUUCCUCUUCUCAUACUUAGCCGAGAGUGCCUCAAUGAUAGAAUGGGGCGGUGAGGUUGUCAACUCCGAGGCCGACGGUCACCAUACCUCAACCCAAAUGGGCAGCGGAAGAUUUCCAGAAGAAGGGUUCGGAAAGGCCAGCUACUUCAGGAACAUCCAAGUCGUCGAUAGUUCCAACAAUCUGAAGGCUCCUAAAAACAUCGGCACAUUUACGGAACAGUCCAACUGCUAUGAUGUUCAAACAGGCAGCAAUGAGGACUGGGGUAGAUACUUUUACUAUGGAGGGCCUGGUAAAAACCCAAACUGCCCAUGAGAGAAGUGAAAUGCAGGAAGAAAAGAUUCCCAUUUCUCCCCAUCUCUCUCCCCUGUAUUAUUCAUCUCACAUCCCUACCUCUUUCUCAUCUCUUUUAACAUACUUUUAUUAUAUCUUACAUAUUUUCUUUAAAUUUAGGUUUGAGUUAGUGAAUGUGGUGGUCCCUUGUUUUAAGUAGUGGGAAGUUUUUGACCCUUUUGCAUUUUUGUUGUUUAAAAUCUUGAAAAGUGGUUCUCCAUGUAAGUGGUUGGGGAAGUGGCCAAAGUUUCUCAAAAGUAUAAAAGAAGCAGGCCCCUGUCUUUUCUAUCUAGCAGCAGUAGUAGUGUAUUUUUAUUUCUUUAUAUUCUCCUUGCUUUGUUGGGAGUUGGGAGUGCUUUGCUACUCAAUUGGAUGAAUCAAUUUGCUCA